AUGGCGACGAGCGGUGAUUUACAAGCCCCAACUUACGUCGAGCUGUAUAAAACGGUCGCCGAAUUACAAAAGAAGAUUAAACAGUUAGAAUCAGAAGUUGUUUCGGUACGCGAUGGGAGCCAAGGUCCGCUGACGACCGCGGUCGUCAAAACGCCGCGUUCGGACGUUUGCGAAUAUAGAGUGCUGCCGGAUUUGAAUAAAUCAAUCAAGGUUUUCGAUGGUUGUGAGCCAGUGCACGAAGCGGAUGACUGGAUACAGACGGUUGAAGGUAUGGCGAAUUUGAAUUGUUGGCCUUUGGCAUUUCGCAUGCAAUUUGUACGAUCGUAUAUUACGGGAGCCGCGCGCAGCUGGUUCAUCGGACGCGAUUUUAAGGAUUGGGACGAGUUUGUACAAAAAUUUCGAAGCGUAUUUGUUCGACAACUACGAACAGCUGAUAAGUGGGAAGCCAUGCAGAAAAGACGUCAAAUUUCCGAUGAACACAUCAUGGUUUAUUUCCAAGAGAAGGCACGGUUAUGCCGUGGGCUGUCCUUAUCGUUCGACGAAACACGUGAUUACAUCAUUCAAGGGAUCUACCACAAAGAAUUAGCCAUGUACGUGCUGGGUAAGAAUCACGUUGAUGAAGAAGGGCUGAUGAGUGAUCUGUUGGAUUGGACUCGUAUGAACGCAAAACGUACGGAGACCAGGCACGAAAAGGAGCAAAAGAGCCGUCCAACUGCAAAGGUGAGCGCAAAAGGUGGCUCAGAGUCUGGAAGUCACGUUUCUGGUUCGACGGGAAAGUGGGUCACGAAGACACCAAAACCUGAAGUGAAUGACAAAUCUAGUACUGAUGCAGACGAAAUGGCGGAAACGGACAAAAGCAAGUGCUAUGUCUGCCGAAAGGUUGGUCAUUGGGCAAGAGACUGUAGGUGGAAAAAAAAGAGUAAGUGCUUUGCUUGUGGAGCUGAAGGACAUUUCGCUCGUGACUGCACGUCACGACCAACUGUCAAUAAUGUGAUGAUGAUGAAAGAAACAACAAACCCCUACCUCAAGCGUGGAAAGGUUAACGGCAUCGAAAUGACAGUACUACUAGACACGGGAAGCUAUUAUACCUUGAUGAGAUUCGGUAUGGCAUCCCGAUGCGAGUUAGAGUUAAGGAGAACCAAGAAAUCGUUAUACGGACUAGGCAGUGUCUCAGUGCCGUCAGUGAGUGCUGUCGGGAAGGUGAACACCAAGAUUACGGUAGAUAAUGUCGAGGCUGGUCCGGUCAAGGUAUUGGUAGUACCUGAUAACGUACAGCGGUACGACAUGAUUAUUGGUCGAAACUGGUUAGACCUAGAUGAGGUUACUUACAAGAAGGAAGAGGGAAAGCUCGUUCUGUGCAAAUCAAAGGACGAUAUAGGACUGGGAGAUGUAUCGGUCGUAACCACGGAUAAUGAAAUGGACAUACUACAAGUGCUAUCACUUCCAGGUCAUAGACGUAGAGAUCUAAGGACGGAGGAUUUCAAGUAUGUUAACGCCGAUGUAUCCAUUGAAGAGCAGACAGAGCUGCUGUCGUUGAUAAACGAGUAUCGCGAUUGUUUUGCUCUGGGUAUUGAGGAGUUGGGAUGCACGUCAAUGAUGACGAUGGAUAUUAACGAGACUGAACGGAGUGCACCCGUGACUAGCCGACCAUACAAAACCACAGCUGCCGAUCGAGAAGCUAUAGCUGAAAUAAUCGGGGAAUGGAAACGACAUGGUGUAGUGGUGGAGACUGACUCGCCUUAUGCUAGUCCAGUGAUCUUGGUGAAGCAAGGCGAUAAAAACAGAUUAUGUGUGGAUUACAGGAAGCUAAACAAGCAGAUAAUAAGACACAAUUUUCCAUUACCUGAUCUGCAGGAACAAGUUGAGUCACUGAGGGCGGGACGUUAUUUUACGCAGUUGGACCUAGCGAGCGGUUAUCUGCAAGUGCCCCUGUCUGAAGCUGCUCAAGAAAAGACGGCCUUCAUCACGCCUGAUGACACUGGCCAAUUUACAAGAAUGCCUUUCGGGUUGGCGGGAGCCCCCGGAGAGUUCACACGGCUGAUGAGGAAGGUGCUGGGCAGUCUCAAGGACAGAGUAGUCAAAAACUAUUUGGACGACUGGGUGGUAGAUGCUGAAAACUGGUCGGAUAUGCUGGUGAAAGUAAGAAUGGUCCUAGACAAAUUGAGAAUCGCAAAUCUUACACUAAAGCCAUCUAAGUGUUCAUUUGGGGCAAAGAGAAUUGAGUUUUUGGGAUUUGUCAUCGGUGGAGGUCAGAUCAGUCCAGGUACAAUAAAGAGUGAAGCCAUUGAAAAGUUCCCGGUCCCAAAAGAUGUCCACGGUGUGCGCAGAUUUCUGGGCCUCACUGGAUUUUUCAGACGUUUUGUUCAGAAUUAUGCUACCCUGGCGGAACCUCUAUCGAGGCUGACAAAAAAGGACGUAGAGUUCCAGUGGUCAACUAUGCAAGAAAGUGCAUUCAAUGAAAUGAAGAGAGUGUUUGCUGAUAAACCCGUAUUUUGUAUGUUUGACCCAAAAGCAGAGGUCACCGAGGUCCAUACAGAUGCAAGUUCCGUGGGGCUCGGGGCAAUGCUACUGCAAGGCAAAGAAAAAGGGUCACCACUACAAAUAGUAUAUUGCAUAAGUAAGAAGUUGGGCACUGCAGAGUCGCACUAUCACUCGAGCAAGUUAGAGCUAAUGAGCAUAGUGUGGGCAGUGGAUAGAUGGCGACACUUUUUGCUGGGUGUUAGGUUCUCGGUCGUGACUGAUUGUCAGGCGCUAGUUUACUUGAGAGGACAUAGGGCUACGAAGCCACAAGUGAUGAGAUGGUACGAUAUACUUCAAGAGUAUGAUUUUGACAUAUACCAUCGUCCAGGAACAAAAAUGUUGCAUGUUGACGCACUGUCGCGUGAUCCGGUUUCUGAACAGGAAGGCGAGACACUAGACGAAGUAUUAGCUGGUCGGUUGGAUGUGUGCGUUUCAUUGAAGACAGAAGACAAGGUACGGAUGGCUCAGCAUGAAGACGAAGAGUUGCGCCGGAUAUGCAACAUAUUACAAAAACCUGAAGGGCAGAGAACGAAAGCCGAAAAGGGACUGGUGUGUGAAUACAGUCUGGAAGGAAGCUUGCUGUAUAGAUGGUACCAAGGCCGACUACUGUUUGUAAUGCCCAGGAGCAUGCGCAAGAGCAUUGUGGUGUCAGCGCAUGACUUGGGAGGGCAUCUGUCUGUCGACAAAACGGUAUGUAAAAUAACUCAAGACUUCUGGUUUGUGGGACUACGCCGUUAUGUCAAACUUCACAUUCGGAUGUGUAUGGAAUGUCUGAUGACAAAGAAACCAAGAGGACGACAACCUGGUCUGCUGCAUCCCAUACCACCAGGACGAAGGCCGUUUGAAGUUGUUCAUGCAGACCAUGUAGGGCCGUUUGUCACGAGUACUGAAGGGAACAGGUACAUUUUGGUAUUAGUAGACAAUCUUACUAAAUAUGUCUGUUUGUUUCCAGUAACGGAUACCAGUACGGAAGGAGUGUUGUAUGUCAUGGAUGAGUUCAUAAACAGGUUUGGACUACCUAGGAAGUUGAUCACUGAUCGAGGUUCUUGUUUUACAUCUCAUCGGUUUGAAAACUACUGUGAAUCACGUGGAGUCACACACAUACUUAACUCAACGCGGAGACCGCAGGCUAACGGACAAGUAGAGCGAAUAAAUAGCACCAUCCUAGCCAUGUUAAUUUCUCGAGCUGAGGAAGGACAGUGGGACGAGUUACUGUCUGAAGUGCAAAAACAGAUCAACAACAGUGAGUCUAAGGUGACAAAGUUAACACCAUUUGAAAUGCUGCACGGGUAUAGACCACGGUUUGAGUUAGGUCGAUUAAGAGACCUUUCAACUACUAGCGAAGAGUGGGUCUGCCCAUCUGAGCUCUGGGAAGAAGCAAGAGAAGAAAUUAUCAGGUCCAAACAACGUAUGAAGAUAGCUUUUGACAACCAUAGGCACAACCAAACCAAAUACACUGUGGGUGAGGUGGUAGUCAUGACCAGGGUGCCAGUGUCAACAGGGGAAUCCACCAAGCUGCAAGAGCGUUAUCGUGGGCCUUUGGUAGUAACAGAGGUUUUAUCUAAUGAUAUCUACCGAGUAGCGCAGCUUGCAGAGGAUACCAGACGAUGCUUUGCAACUACAGCGCAUGUGUCUCAAUUAAAAUCAUGGAAGAUUGGGAAGGAAGAACUAGAUAGAAGUGAAGGAGGGAUGACAACAAGUGGAGAACUGUCAAUGGAAGCUGAAGACAUAUCAGACGAGGCUGGAACAAUAGCUGGACAUAACGAGGAGGAGCCAACAGAUGUGAGGAGGUCUGGACGAGUAAGGAGGAAGCCUGUAAGACUCCAGGACUAUGACUCGCAAUGA